AUGGCUCCAUUGCAGCUCGCGGUGUACUGGCGUCUCGCGCUCAUAUUCUUCUUCAUGGCGUUUCUCUUCUUCCUCGACAUCUUCGCUGUUAGCAGAGCAACCUCCUCGUGCAAUAACGUCCCGGGUGAGUUACCGGCCGGGAGUCGGACCGGGGGAGAAGUCUCUUCUAGUGCGCACACACAGAACUGGACUACAUGGGAGGUGCGAGAGGUGAUGAACGGGUCACUUAUACAGGUAUUAUUACCACCACAGGAUUAGAUCACGGGUGGGAACGACACAGAAAGGGAGAACGUGAGUAAACCGGAAAAGUUGUAUAGUUCCAAACAUGAUUGCCAGUUAUUAUAAUUGUCUAAAUCAGUGUAAACAUCAACAAGCUGCAUGACAGAUUUGUCUGAUGUAGAAAUGUAGCCCACUGACCCAGAUGAACCGAGUUUUAGUUUAUUAACAGAUAGGCUGUCAUUUAAUCGACACUGAUUAAGAUGCAACCCAUGCCUCUGCUAUGUGCUCUAACUUCAUGUCUGAACAGCAGUAGAUGAGUCAACGAAAUACUUAAUCAUAGAAAUAGCCAGGGUAACCAGGGGGCACAGAACUAGCCAUCCACACACUCACUGACCAAUUAAACACACUCCCAGAAUGUAUGUCGGAUCGUGUGUUUGGGAAACAACUUACAAGUUUCAGUUUGUUUAUUAGUCAUAUAGACAUGAUACAUGAUAUACUCUACAUGGGCUGACUUGUAGCUUCACUUCGACAGUGCAACAACAAUGGAAAGUAAGUGAAUAAAAUGAGUGUGACCCGGCAAGACGGUUUCACAACACACAGUAGUGAUAAGACGUACCGUCAUGUCUCAGGGAAACAUCAGCAAUAUCUCACGGGUCUGAGGACAUAGUCAGUGUUACAACAUACAACUAGAUUACUAAAACAUUAUCUAGCACAAACAUCUGUGUGUGUGUGUGUGUGUGUGUGUUUUUGUGUGUGUGUGUGUGUGUGUUUUUGUGUGUGUGUGUGUGUGUGUUUUUGUGUGUGUGUGUGUGUGUGUGUGUGUGUGUGUGUGUGUGUGUGUGUGUGUGUGUUACAGGGCACACUGUGUAUGGAUCCGGUGGUGUUGUCGUACAGUCAGACCGUGUACAUGACUGGCCUUCUGCUGGGAUCUCUGUUUGGAGGAGCUCUCUCUGACAGGUGAGACUCACACACAGACACACACACACAAACACACACAGUAAAUAAUACACUGUAACACAUGGAAGUUGUGUGUGUGUGUGUGUGUUCUGUGUGUGUGUGUGUGUGUGACCAGGUACGGUAAGCGAGCGGUGCUGCUGGUGUGUGUGUGUGUCAAUGCUGUGACCGCUGUGCUGCCGGCCGUCCUUCCUCACGCCCUCCUCUUCCUCACCCUGCGCUGUCUGGCCGGGGUCUCCUGCUGCUGCAUCAAUAUCUGCAGCUUCAGCCUGGGUAACAAACACACACACACACACACACACACACACACACACACACACACACACACACACACACACACACACACACACAGUUACACACACACCUACCUUGAUGUAACUGUGUGUAUGUGCAUGUGUGCGCCUGUGUGCAUGGAUUUAACAGUGUGUGUGUGUGUGUGUGUGUGUGUGUGUGUGUGUGUGUGUGUGUGUGUGUGUGUGUGUGUGUGUGUGUGUGUGUGUGUGUGUGUGUGUGUGUGUGUGUGUGUGUGUGUGUGUGUGUGUAGGUGUGGAGUGGAGUCUUCCCAGGUAUCGUAUAUGGCCCCCGGCCCUCCUGUCUUUCUCCUUCAGCCUGGGUAUGAUGGCCCUGGCACCGCUGGCAUACCUCACACACAGCUGGACUCAGCUACACCUGGCGCUGGCCAUACCACAGAUCCUCUGUCUGCCUCUCUACUAGUGAGUAACACACACACAGAGUGUUCAGAGUUGACUAUAAUGUGGUCUCCUUAUACAAAUAGGAAUGUCGUUUGACAGAGACCUGUAGUUUGACAGACACCUGUAGUUUGACAGACACCUGUAGUUUGACAGACACCUGUAGUGUCACGAUUUAAACUGAAUAUGAACCCAAAUGCAGACAACUACACAGAGCCAGAGAAGGUUUAACAGGUUUAUUUCAAAGUUAAAUUGUCCAGGUUUCUUAAAAUAGGGGAAGAGCAAGUCCAGGUCUACAGGGAGGGUAACAGAUCCAGGGUUCUGAGCAGGAGUGGUACCGUAACGUCCUAGUGUCCGUGGUGAGUCCAAAUGUGAGGUCCAGUAGUGGAAAGCAGGAUGGUGGUGGCAGGAGUGAAGCGGAGGCCGGAUUCAGGUUCCAAUAAUCUGUGGCACAGGAGAAAUAUAAAUAGAACAGGCCAAAAACACAAAGAGCGAAAACAAGCAGGUUGAGUCAGCAGCGAGACUAACAUGGUCGUCUUGACUAUGAUCUGACGAUGAGUGGCAAGUUUGACCGGGUCUUUAAGGCUGAGGUGAUUAUGGUGAAUGAGCUGCAGCUGGAACCCUGACUCCCGCACACCAGACUUCACUCCUGCAAUCAAGAACAGACAGAGGGGAGGGGGAGAGAAGAGAGAGAGAGCUACCUAGCAGCAGUAGGCCUAACAUGUAGUUUGACAGAGAACUGUAGUUUGACAGACUUGUAGUUUGACAGAUAACUAAUAUUGAUCUCUCUCUCUCUCUCUCUCAGCUCUAUUCCUGAGUCUCCUAGCUGGCUACUCCUGAUGAGGCGGACAGAGACUCUGGAGGAGUACAGGAGACGAAGUCCUGAGGACAAACACUGUCUUGACCUGGUGAACACAAACACAUACCCAGACACACACAAAUGCUGUAGAACAGAGCUAUCAAAUAGAGUACAGUGGUAGAACCUGACAACCUCUCUCUUGUACACACACACACACACACACACAGACAUACAUACAGUGAGGGAAAAAAAGUAUUUGAUCCCCUGCUGAUUUUGUACAUUUGCCCACUGACAAAGAAAUGAUCAGUCUAUAAUUUUAAUGGUAGGUUUAUUUGAACAGUGAGAGACAGAAUAACAACAACAAAAGUCCAGAAAAACGCAUGUCAAAAAUGUUAUAAAUUGAAUUGCAUUUUAAUGAGGGAAAUAAGUAUUGGACCCCCUCUCAAUCAGAAAGAUUUCUGGCUCCCAGGUGUCUUUUAUACAGGUAACGAGCUGAGAUUAGGAGCACACUCUUAAAGGGAGUGCUCCUAAUCUCAGCGUGUUACCUGUAUGAAAGACACCUGUCCACAGAAGCAAUCAAUCAAUCAGAUUCCAAACUCUCCACCAUGGCCAAGACCAAAGAGCUCUCCAAGGAUGUCAGGGACAAGAUUGUAGACCUACACAAGGAUGGAAUGGGCUACAAGACCAUCGCCAAACAGCUUGGUGAGAAGGUGACAACAGUUGGUGCAAUUAUUUGCAAAUGGAAGAAACACAAAAGAACUGUCAAUCUCCCUCGGCCUGGGGCUCCAUGCAAGAUCUCAACUCAUGGAGUUGCAAUGAUCAUGAGAACGGUGAGGAAUCAGCCCAGAACUACACGGGAGGAUCUUGUCAAUGAUCUCAAGGCAGCUGGGACCAUAGUCACCAAGAAAACAAUUGCUAACACACUACGCCGUGAAGGAAUGAAAUCCUGCAGCGCCCGCAAGGUCCCCCUGCUCAAGAAAGCACAUAUACAGGGCCGUCUGAAGUUUGCCAAUGAACAUCAACUCGCCGUGUUUGGAGGAGGAGGAAUGCUGCCUGUCACCAUCCCCACCGUCAAACAUGGAGGUGGAAACAUUAUGCUUUGGGGGUGUUUUUCUGCUAAGGGGACAGGACAACUUCACCACAUCAAAGGGACGAUGGAUGGGACCAUGUACCGUCAAAUCUUGGGUGACAAUCUCCUUCCCUCAGCCAGGGCAUUGAAAAUGGAUGGGUAUUCCAGCAUGAUAAUGACCCAAAACACACAGCCAAGGCAACAAAGGAGUGGCUCAAGAAGAAGCCUAGCCAGUUUCCAGACCUUAAUCCCAUAGAAAAUCUGUGGAGAGAGCUGAAGGUUCGAGUUGCCAAACGUCAGCCUCGAAACCUUAAUGACUUGGAGAAGAUCUGCAAAGAGGAGUGGAACAAAAUCCCUCCUGAGAUGUGUGCAAACCUGGUGGCCAACUUCAAGAAACGUCUGACCUCUGAUUGCCAACAAGGGUUUUGCCACCAAGUUCUAAGUCAUGUUUUGCAGAGGGGUCAAAUACUUAUUUCCCUCAUUAAAAUGCAAAUCAAUUUAUAACAUUUUGACAUGCGUUUUUCUGGAUUAUUUUGUUGUUAUUCUGUCUCUUACUGUUCAAAUAAACCUACCAUUAAAAUUAUAGCCUGAUCAUGUCUUUGUCAGUGGGCAAACGUACAAAAUCAGCAGGGGAUCAAAUACUUUUUUCCCUCACUGUAUCAGUGUUGCCUAACUCAACUCAGGCCUGUGUGUGAUCUUUCUCGCCUAGCUGUUGGACACAGAGGGGAAGGACCUGCAGCAUGUCCACCUGGACACAGACACACCUGAGAAAGUCACAGACACACCUGAGAAAGUCACAGACACACCUGAGAAAGUCACAGACACACCUGAGGAAGUCACAGACACACCUGAGAAAGUCACAGACACACCUGAGAAAGUCACAGACACACCUGAGAAAGUCGCAGACACACCUGAGAAAGUCACAGACACACCUGAGAAAGUCGCAGACACACCUGAGAAAGUCACAGACACACCUGAUAAAGUCACAGACACACCUGAGAAAGUCACAGACACACCUGAGGAAGUCACAGACACACCUGAGAAAGUCACAGACACACUUGAGAAAGUCACAGACACACCUGAGAAAGUCACAGACACAGAAACACAGGAGGAACACACACUUUCCCACUGCGGACACAUGAGAAGUCCCACCAUCCUACUGCGCCUGAUCAUCAUGAGUUACAUUGGGUAGGUCAGUGUGAGAGAGAGAGAGAGAGAGAGAGAGAGGCUGUCAGAUUCUACCUCUGUACUCUGUUUGACAGGUCUGUUGUACAGUAUUUGUCUGAUGCCGUCUUUCCCCCCUGUGUAUUAGGCUAGCGUCAGCCCUGACGUACUACGGUAUCUGUUUGAACGUCGGGCGGUUCGGGGUGGAUGUCUUCCUGGCUCAGUUCUUCAGCGGCCUAUCAGAGGCUCCCUGCCUGCUCGUCCCAUUCCUAUUGGCUCACUGCGGCAGACGCCCAAUCAGCAUGCUAUCCCUGCUCCUCAGUGGCUCCUUCUGCCUGCUAUCCCUGCUCGCAUCACGCUUCUAUGGUAAACACACACACACACGCACAGGCACACACACAAACCUCCAAUGAUCCAACAUUGUGUGUGUGUGUGUGUGCGUGCGUGUGUGUGUGUGUGUGUGUGUGUGUGUGUGUGUGUGUGUGUGCGUGUGUGCGUGCGUGCGUGCGUGCGUGCGUGCGUGCGUGCGUGUGUGUGUGUGUGUGUGUCUGUGUGUGUGUGUGUGUGUGUGUGCGUGUGUGCGUGCGUGCGUGCGUGCGUGCGUGCAUGCGUGCGUGCGUGUGUGUGUGUGUGUGUGUGUGUGUGUGUGUGUGUGUGUGUAGAUGUCCCAGGGUUGGUGAUGGCUCUGGCCCUGGUGGGGAAGCUGUGUGUGCAGACCACUGUGUUUGUCUCUGCACUCUACUGCGUUGAACUCUUCCCUACGCUCAUCAGGUACAGAGUGUGUCUGUGUGUGUGUCUGUGUGUGUGUCUGUGUGUGUGUCUGUGUGACCCCUGAUGUAUACCUAGAGUUAAAGGACUAGUCAGUCCCUAUCUCAACACGCAGCACUGAUCUAGUUCCCUCAUGUGGGUCAAAGUGAUAUUAUAUUAACACAUACUAUGCAAACAGAGAUACACACAUCAUCUAUGAAUCAAUUUUUACACACGUGUGUAUGUUUGAGAUGUGUCCCUUUGGGUUGGCAUAGAGUCACAACCUGUGGAUUCCUGCUUUAAGAACAAUAAUAUCUCUCUCUCAGCAUUUUUUUAUUUUUUUAUACCUCCCGCUCUCUAUUUUUUUUCACUCGUUGAAUUAUUGCUAUUAUCCUCUCAACACAGCAAGUAUUGUGUCCCCUGCCGUGUGUGUGUGUGUGUGUGUGUGUGUGUGUGUUACAGACAGAAGUGUGUGGGCUUGGUUUGUCUGUGUUACAGGGUGGGCUGUAUCCUGAAUGUGAUGGUCAGUCCCAGAGGAGAAACCAUCCCAUUGGCCGCUAUGAUUCUUUAUGGGAGUGGCCCCAUUAUUGGGGCGGGACUGUGUCUGUUUCUACCGGAGACCAGUGGUGUGCCGCUCCCUGAUUCGCUGGAGGACUGUGACAAACAGCCCAGUCUUCGUCUACCAACCCUCCCCUCCCCUUGGUCUUCAGAGGGUAAGAGACCCCUGACGUGUGUGUGUGUGUGUGUGUGUUUGUGUGUGAGAAAGAGAGACCCAUACAGCAGUUGUCACCAACCUUUUCUGAGUCAAAAUGCAAGCCGAGAUCUACUGCUUAUAUGACUUUUAAAAAACGUAAGCCUAUGCAACAUUAACCUAUUAAAAACAGUUCUGUAGCAAUGAGGUAGGCUAUAUGAUCACACCGGUAAUAAAUCAGACGUUGUAUUACUUGUGAGGCACAGCUGAGUGAGCAUACAUUUAAAUAAUUCGCUUUUUUAUUUUACUGGGCUGAUGGUGCCUGCAUCUGAUGGUCAGUCUCAGCGGAGGGAGAGGGCGGCAGACUGAGGGUCCGCCUCUCUGCAGCCCUCCGCUCUCCCUUUCCUCAGCUGACACUGACCAAAAAGGGACACCGUCUUCCAGCUGAUGGCGAAACUCGAUGCGCAGCGAAAUUAUUUCUGCCUCAGGCACAAAUUAAUGUUGUUACUCCCGUGAACAGAGAAAGGGAAAUAUUCCUCGAUAUUAAAAAAAGACCCAAGCCGCUGAUAAUAACAACACAAGCCCUAUAGAUACACUUUCCUACUCAUUCAUUACAGCUGCAGUGCGUGUUGUAGCGCUGAGAGGAAAUAGGAAGAACGUGCAUUUUAUGGCUUAUAAAAGCGUUGAAUACAAAGUGUUGACAGGGCUGUAGUAAGAACUCAAACAAUGAACUCACUCAUAAAAACAGCAGCUCUUUGCUUUAUUCGUUGACAGUCUUUCUUUAGUUAUGGGUUUGAAACAUUUAAGAAAUCUCACCGUAUCAACUUUGCUGUAGCUUUAUGCCUGCCACGUUACUGCAGACACAGUAAUCUUAGCCAUCCGAUUGGCCAGUGGUAGGCCUAUAGUGCACUUGAUUUGCUCUCUGGCCCCACCGGGGAAAGCAGUGUGUACCUUUAGACACAUGAACACUUUGCCUUCCCGGCGCUAGGGCUGCUGAAUCAAGUGCAGCUAACCUCCGACAGGCGUGAGACGAAUAAAAACAAAGGAACGCAAAGCUUUAUCGUUGGUUGUUUUUUUUUACAGAAAUGUUUGGUGAUCGACUAGAAAUGCCUUGGAGAUCGACCAGUCGAUCGCGAUCAACCGGUUGGUGACCUGUUGUCUCUCUCUUCGGUGUGUUGUCGACAGCAGCUGACUGUGAAAUGCUAUACUCAGAGUUCACAGGGCAGCUAACGUGUUACCUAACCUCUACUUUUAGGUCAGCUAUUUACCCCCUCUCCUUUCUCACUCCCCCUUUCUCCCUUUUCACUCAGUUAUGGUUCCAGGAACUGACACAGCCACUCAUUUUUAGCAUACACAUUUUUAACAACAUGCUUUUUAUCGUGGUUUCAAGCGAUGAAUAGCUACAAAGUGCUCCGGUGUGAACCAUUCAUUAAAAAAAAUAUAUUUAAAAUUGCUUUACAAAAACUGUGAUAUAUGAAAACAAAGUCAAGGGUACAACACUGUGUACAUAGAUAGGAGGCAAAAAAAAUAACUCAUCCCAUACAGCAUUGCGGUCUUUGUCGUCCAAUCACAGAGCAGAUACAAGUCAUGUGGUCUGUUAGAGAACGCAUGAUGGCACGUAAUUGCUGCCAACAGGUCACGUGACUUGUAUCUGCUCUGUAAUUGGACGAUACAAACCACGAGGCUCAUGGUUAGUGUAGGUUUUGUUGCUCUUUGAGGUACUACAUGUGCACUUUAUAGGAAUUGUUUUGCAAUCUCGGUAGAUAAAACUACGUCUACGUUGCACAGUGAUAUUGCUAUCUCUAAUAUUUGAUAUUACCACGGGUUUUGAGGAUUGAGAAUCCACUUCCGGAAGCCCUCGUUGCAGGCCUAUGUGUCAUGUGACCUGUUACAGUCCCUACCAACGGAGCAGAGGCCAGUUAAACGUCUAAUAUUGAUUUACAUUUUAUUGAGUUGUCAGCUAACAUGACUUCAACAUGAAAUAAACAAAACAUUUAGCCAUGUCAUUUGAUUUAGGUUAAAAGUUGGGUAGGGGGAAAAAAUCCCCCCAAAUUCAUUACGUUGAUGACUGAUUGGAUUUUGCAAAUCCAAUCAGUUUCCCAUGUUGAUUCAAUGUCAUUAAAUAAUAUAUUGUUUCAAUGAUGUGGAAACAACGUUGAUUUAACCAGUUUGUGCCUAGUGGGAUAACAGUAACCCCCAGUCUGUGGCCUGUUAACCAGAGUCCUGGACCAAGAAGCAUGUUCAAUAGAGACAUACAUUCUGAGGAAUAGUGAACUUUUGUAGGUUAACGUCUCUUCAGCUGAGACUUGUGUGUAUUUCCUGACAGGCGCUCAGCGGACGCCCCAGGCUGACAAGGCCUGUCCAUUCCUGGGAGACACGGAGCCAGAGAAGCCCUCCCACAACUCAACUGACAAACACUGCACGUACUCACUCACACACACCACAAACACACACAUGCUGUAGAUACAUGUAUUUGAAGUUCCACGGUGCUCAGUUUGUACAGAACACAAGAAACUGGGAGGUACUACCUGAACUUUGUCCAAUAAACAUUGCAAAACAGUUUUGCGACGUUGUGCCCUAUUGAACACAACCCGGGUUUUAAUGUUUUAAUCGGUUUGAUCCUGCAUCUCCCACAGCCUGUGGAGGCUUGUUGAGAGCAUUUUUAAACACAGACCUGUGUGUGUGUGAUGCAAGGAAACAUAGCUAAUGUUAUCAUUGUGUAAACAGCUCUGCAGGGAGGUUCUGUGUGUGCGUUUUUGUAUGUGCGUUAUGCUUGUACAAUCAUUAAUCUCCCUUGCACCUUGCUGACAUUUCUACGCUGUGUUUCAUGUCAAGGGCGGCAGGUAGCUUAGUGGUUA